CUCUAAAGUCUACUUUUGCAUUAAAUUUCUCAUUUAUAUUCUAAUUAGCAUGAACAACGUCUAUAAAAACCAGAUUUGCUAAGAGCAAAAUCAUCAGUUGUACAGAGCUUUUGCUAUGGUGCGACAAUUGAUUCUCGUCCUUUCGCUGAUCCUAUUCUGUGGCAGCUCACAUGCUGUUAUCAGUGAGUUGGCCCGUCAGAGCCAAUCUGCAAUACAGGGCUUGGCAGACAUCAAGAUGGCUCCUCUACGCUACUUAGAUGUUCUGCUUGGAGCUAAUACAGGGGGAAUUCGGGGACUUAGAGGGCUGGACGGUGGAAUUUAUGGAGCUGGAGGUGCUUUAUCAGCCGCUGCUCUGUUACAAGCAGCUAAAGCUGCCAAUAUUUUGUCUGGAGGUGACAUUUUGGGUCCCGGAUAUACUAAAAUUUCAGCUGGUUCAGGCCAGGGGAACGACUUGAUUACCAUCAUAAAAAACCAACGCGCAUACGAUCCAUACCUCAUUCCUCCAGGCAUUCCAGGAUAUAAUUAUCCAUUAGGAUUCCCUCGUCGUUUUCCGUUCAGCGGUCCUUACUUGCCAAAUCGUCCACCUUGGAUACCUGGUGGUCCCGGUCCGGGAGAACCAUUCCCAGAUGGAGUUUUACCUAGUGGAAGAUUCCCGGUCGGCUUAGUAUCCGUUCCUAGUGGAAUUUUAAGAAGUAUACUAAGCGGUUCGGUAGGAAGGGAAGGCUUGGCAGAGGAAGGCGGUUCAGGAGGGGGUGGCGGUGCUGGAAGUGGACGCGGUUCAUCAAGUGGAGGUGGCGGAAUCUUUGGGAACGGAGGACUGUUUGGAACGGGAAUAUUCGGUCAAAGAGGUCUUUUCGGAACUGGAUUCCUUAGCGAACGUUCAUUGGACCCCCUUGGAAUUUUCACGCCAUUUGGAAAUUUGUUUGGAGGGCUAGGGAACUUGUUCGGAUUUUCGGCAUCAACUAGGCAAGGGCUUUCGAACGUUGGUAACAAGUUCGGAGUUCCUGGUCGCGGCGUGCAAGGUUCCUUUAGCGUGGACGUUGGCGUUCCAUUGCCAUCGCCAAAAGGUGUUUUAGGUGGACUGAUGCCCCUUUUUUAGGCGUGCUGGGCUAAUACCCAGGAAUCGGAUUGUGCAACGGAAAAACGAAUAUGGCAGCUAAACGCGUAGAUUAAAUCGUUUAGUAUUAAAAUAACACUUGUCUUGGCCAAGCUUUGUAAUAUUAUUAUAAAAAUUAAUAAAAUUAAGCAGCAUCCCAAUAUUAUGCAAUUUAAAAGGA